UUAAGUUGGAAUCCUAGCGUCGUGUUUUUCAUAAACUCCUUACUAAUGUGUAUUUGUGUUACUUAUCACUUAUAGCUCUGGAUUAUUGUUGACUCUUUUUGAUACCACAGACAAUUACAGACAGCAACAUUCAUACAAUACCCACUGAAACUCCAACAGAUAUGGCUUCCUGCAGCAGUCUCCUGUCUGAGGAGCAGUUCCAGUGUUCUAUCUGUCUGGAUGUGUUCACUGAUCCAGUCACCAUUCAGUGUGGACACAACUUCUGCAUGACAUGUAUCACUACAUAUUGGGAAAGCAGUGACCUGCUGUGUCAAUGUCCCAUGUGUAAAAAGACUUUUGAUAAGAGACCAGAUCUCUUUGUCAAUACUUUCAUUUCUGAGAUGGCUGCUCCUUUCAGGAAGCCAGUGCCAGAAAAAGCUACCAGCUGGUCAGACCAGUUCCCAACUCUGCCUGCGGUGUCAUGUGACAUCUGCACUGGUACUAAGCUCAGGGCCCUGAAGUCCUGCCUUGUGUGUCAGGCCUCCUACUGUGAGACUCAUCUGGAGCCUCAUCAGAGAGUGACAGGGCUGAAGAAGCACAAGCUGAUCAACCCUGUGGAAAACCUGGAUGACAGGAUGUGUCAGAAACAUGAGCGACCCCUGGAGCUGUUCUGUAGAACUGACCAGACGUGUGUGUGCCAUUUCUGCACUGAGGGAGAGCACAAGAACCACGACACAGCCCUUCUAGAGGAAGAGUAUGGAAAGAGGAAGGCUGAUCUGGGAAAGACAAAAGAAGAAAUACAACAGUUGGUCAAGGAAAGACUGACAAAAGUUCAGGAUAUCAAACUCUCGAUAGAUGUCAGCAAGAGAGACACAGAGAGCGAGAUAUCCAAGAGUGUGGAGGUCUUCACUGCUGUGGUGCACUCCAUCGAGAGAAGCCAGGCGGAGCUCAUUAAGGUUCUUGAGGAGAAGCAGAAAGCAGCAGAGCAAAAGGCCGAAGAGUUCAUUAAAGAACUGGAGCAGGAGAUCACAGAGCUCCAGAGGAGAAACACAGAGCUGGAGCAGCUCUCACACACUCAAGACCACCUUCUCUUUCUACAGAACUCCUCAUCCAUGAGCACCCCUCCACACACCAAGGACUGGUCUAGGAUCAGCCUUCACUGUAGUGUGGGGACGACAGGCAGAGCUCUGUCUCAGCUGGAGGACACACUUCUCAGUGAAAUCAAGAAGUUCCAUCACGCUGAACUGAAGACGAUUCAGCAGUAUGCAGUGGAUGUGACUCUGGACCCUGAUACAGCAUUCCCCACGCUCAUCCUGUCUAAUGAUGGAAAACGAGUGAGACGUGGAGCCUCAGAGAAGAAUCUGCCUGACAACCCUGAGAGGUUUUCCCUCUGUCACUGUGUCUUGGGGAAACAGAGCUUCUCCUCUGGGAGGUUCUACUAUGAAGUGCAGGUUAAGGGGAAGACAGACUGGGCUUUAGGCGUGGCAAGACAGUCCGCCAACAGAAAAGGGCAGAUCACACUGGCACCACUAAAUGGAUUCUGGACUAUUUGGCUGAGGAAUGGAGAUGAGUACAAGGCUUUGGCCAAACCAGCUGUCCUCAUCUCUCUGAGAGAAAAGCCCCAGAAAGUGGGGGUGUUUGUGGACUAUGAGGAGGGUCAGGUCUCCUUUUAUGAUGUAGAGGCCAAGUCUCAUAUCUACACUUUUACUGGCUGCACCUUCACUGAGAAACUCUACCCAUACUUUUGCUCUUCCAUAAACGUCAGCAGUAAAAAUUCAGCAUCUCUGAUCAUUACCCCUAUCAACCCUGAAUAACUGACUUACUGUAUAGUAGGAACUUCAGAAGGGUGUAUAAAUGUACCAACUGUUCAAUAACAUGUCAUUCAAUUCCCUGUAAUACUGUUGGGUGUACUGUUAAGGAUAGCACAUAUUAAGAAAAUUGUUCAUCUUGACACUUAGGUUAGGGAUACAGGGUUAGGGUUAGGGUUAGGGAUACAGGGUUAGCAGCCUGACCUCCUUCAGGGUGGAUGGUGAACCUGGGGUGUCCUGAGGUGAUGGA